AUGAUAUAUGGCGACGUAUCAGAGUCGAUCCCGAAUAACCUCCUCCCCACCAUAUCGGUCCCCUCCUCGAUUCUCAAGAAAGGCAACCUGGAAAUCCUGGUCUCGAGCCUCGGCGCGGACACAGAAAUGCCCGGGGCCCAUUUCACGGCGGAAACGUUCUUGGUGCCCACGGUUACCAUCCAGACCUCGCAUUCCGGUCGCCAUAACGUGGUGCGAUAUCCGGUGCACCGGGCCAUCGUGUGUGGCCGCGGCGUGGACGGCCUACUUGCGUACAGUAAUCUGGUCGCUCGAUCAGACCUGAAAAAGGAGACCGAGUCGGUUUACGGCGCCAUCGAGCUGGCAGCCAGCGAUCCCGAAAAGCACAAUGACCGCAUCGCCUUUGUGGACAUCGACCUGGCAGAUGAAGCCCUGGCCAAGCUCCGCGAGUCCGUACAGAACGCCUCGCUUUAUGAGCGCGGCUGGAACGGUAGCGGAGUUCAGCCGGUCGUAGACUGGCUGGCGUCAUUGCGCGCCGAUAAAGAUAUUCUCGACCCCUCGUUGAGGUCGCUGAUCACAUCGCUUGUCGAUGCCGCAGAGACGGGCGUGGAUGCAGAACAAGCGAAACGGGCCCAGGAGCAGCAAGAAGGGUCGGUCUCUGACCUGGUGCGAGGGACAAUGGAUCGGUCGGUGACCGAGUGGGCGGAGAAAGCCCACUCCGAGCUACGGAGUUCGCUGGAAGAGGGAUUUGCCAGCAAGCAGUGGAAAGACCUUGCGUGGUGGAAGCUCUUCUGGCAUGUUGACGACGUCGGCAUGAUCACGUCUGAGAUCCUGGAGAAGAAGUACCUGCGUCGUGCAGAGAAGGAGGUCAUCUGGGCCGCGGGUAAAUUCCAACAGGCCGGCCUGCUGGACGAAUCCCUGUUAGAACCCAAGCAGAUCGCUGCACCCCAAGCAGACACAGAAAGACCAAAGGAUGAAGCUUCUGCCAAUGCAGUCGACUCGCAGUCUGCUCCCACGAAUGACGUGCCGUGGCCAACGCAGAUUCCAACCAGCCGGAACCAGCUGCUGGAGACUAAAGUGCCCUCUCUGCAAGCGAUGGCCCAGGGACUCGUGGCUUUCAGCAUCACCACCACGUCGCUGAGCUCGGUCCUCUCCGCUCUGACAUACAUCUCCUUCCCGUCUACGUCGGUUUACGAAACCUGCACCAUGGCGGCAGUGGGAUUGAUCUACUCUCUCCGACGACAGCAGCGCAAAUGGGACUCUGCGCGAGAAUUCUGGGAGAACGAAGUGCGCGAGGACGGUCGCACCGCGCUGAUAGAGACAGAGGAGCAGCUCCGCACCAUAGUACACGAAGGUGGACGACGCGUCGACCAAGCGUCCGAGACCCAUGCCAGAGAAACCGUCGAGCGGGCGAAGAAAGCGCUCGAGGAUGUGAAAUAA